GACUAGCAAAAGUGGAGAAGUUAAUUUGGGAAGUUAAUGCAGUACAGCAAAACGUCACAUAUUUGCUUAAGAACAGGCUUCCUUCAACCAGUGUUAAAUACCUUUUCACAACUUAGUUGAAGACAAUAUCUCGACGGUGAAGGAACCUUUAAUCAGAGACCUUGCAAGACCCUAAUUUAUUGUCAAAGGAAGUCGGGUUGUUGGUACAUAUGGGCUACUCCUUCUGCAAUAUCAGAGGGGGAGUUUCCGGCUCGUACAGUUCGGAGUAGGUUAUACUGGCGAUACUAUCGUGCUUUGACGUGGGAGGGAGGGAAGGAAGGCAUCUUAGUUUCAGAAAGUGACUAAAUCCCAAACCAUAAAAGAAUUUCAGGAUGGCAACUAAAAAACAAAUGAGAGCGUUAUCACUCGGAGUGUAUUUUCUCCUAGAACUGACUAAAUCUGCUCAGCUCUGCAAAAUGAAUGGACACUGGGCAUUCUGUAGUAGUACAUCUCUUGAACAGGUGCCACCACUACCAUCCAGCGUCACUCAUGUGGACCUCAGUUUAAACCAAAUUCGCCAACUCAGUGAAGAUUCUUUUAGGGGCCUGGAGAGCCUUGUGCAUCUCGAUCUUGGAUCACAGAGGCCAAUAGGCCUCAUCAUCAAAAACAACACUUUCAGACGAUUGUCCAACUUAACGUUUCUUCACUUAGGAGACAACAGAGCAAUGCGCCUUGAGACGGAUGCGUUUCAGGGACUGUCAAACCUCCAGACUCUGAUUUUGUUGCACUCUGACCUUGACGAGUCCAUUCUGUCAGGAAGUUAUCUGCAGCCUCUAGUGUCCCUACAGAAGCUGGACCUCUUUGGCAACAAGUUGAAGCAAUUUAAACCAGCUAUGUUCUUCAGGAACAUGACGGAUCUCAGUGUGCUAGACCUCUCCAUUAACAGAGUGAAUUCUAUAUGUGAGACAGAUUUAGCUGCCUUUCAAGAUAAACACUUCCUUCUUCUGAAUGUAUCCACUCUCCAUCUUACUGACAUGAAUCCAUCAGGUUUUAACUGGACUAAAUGUGGAAACCCCUUUAAGAACAUGUCAUUUGACACCCUUGAUAUAUCACUAAAUGGACUGAGUGCUGAAAAAGCAAAACUGUUCUUCUCUGCAAUUCUGGGCACCAGGAUCAACCAUCUGAUUCUCAGUCCAAAUAUCAUGGGAUCAGGGUUUGGAACCAGCAAUAGCAAGGAUCCAGAUAGACUCACCUUUGACCCUCUAAAAUCCAGUGGCAUUCAAACCAUCAAUUUGUCCAGAAACUAUAUCAAUAUUGUAAAGUGGUCUGUGUUCAGAUCAUUAGUUGAUCUGGUGAGCAUGUCCCUGGCAGGCAAUAAAAUUAACGAGUUUGAGAGGGGUGCAUUUCUAGGACUUGUGAAUUUACAACGGCUCAACCUGUCCAAUAACCUCAUAGGAGAGAUCUACUCGCACACCUUUCAGAACCUGCCUAACCUGAUACUGCUAGAUUUAACAAAUAAUCAUAUUGGUAUAGUUCAGCAUGAAUCAUUCAUGGGGUUGUCAAAUUUGCUUGCCUUAGAUCUCACAGGAAACUCCCUCCAUUCAGUGUAUACCUUUGCACACCUACCCAGUCUGCAAGAGCUGCACUUGGAUGACAAUAAAAUCACAACGUUAUUCCAACUGGGGGGGUUUGCAAGCAGUGCAACCAGAAUUAGGCUAAAUAACAACAGACUCCGGGACAUGGAAGACGUGUACAUCAUACUGGCCACCUCUCCCAAAAUUGUAGAACUCAAUUUUGGCAGCAACUUCAUCUCAUAUUGUUCUCAAAUCUCAAAUUCAAACCUUUCAAUACCAUCUAGUAACAGUUUGCAAGAACUGUACCUGCAGAACUGUGCUUUGCAGUUAAUAUGGGGGCGUAAACAAUGCCUUGAUUUAUUUGACCAUCUUAAUAAGCUAUUGAUUCUCGCCCUUGGCUCCAAUCUACUGGAGUCCCUACCAAAAUACAUUUUUAAAGGCCUAUCAUCUCUCCAUUAUUUGGAUCUGUCCUAUAACUCUCUCACCCAUCUUCCCCGGGACAUAUUUCCAGCGAGCCUUAAGCUGCUGGACGUGUCCUACAACUUCCUCAAUAGGCCGGAUCCAGACGUCUUCCGUUACCUCAGCGUUGUCAACCUUUACAUGAACCGCUUCUUCUGCGACUGCAACCUGACGGAAUUUCAGACUUGGGCCAACCGGACCAACGUAACGUUAUCCGCCGGGCUUUCGCAACUGCACUGCGGGUUUCCCGAGGCGCUGCGCGGCGUGGCCCUCUCCGACUUCACGACGGACCCGUGUGAGGAGGAUGACGAGCAGCUCAUGCAGGCUCUGAGGUUCUGCCUGUUCAUUGGCUGUUCCGCAUUCCUCGCGGUCAUCAUCUUCGGCACCAUUGCAUACGCCCGUUUCCGGGGAUACAUCUUUGUCGUUUACAAGAAGCUGAAGGCGAGAGUCGUUGAGGGCCCUCCUCAGGCCCCGCCGCUUGACAACUUCCAGUACGACGUCUACCUGUGCUUCACAGACAGCGAUUUUAUCUGGGUGGAGUCGGCCCUGCUGAAGAGACUGGACUCGCAGUUUGCCGAGCAGAACCAGCUCAACUGCUGCUUUGAGGCACGGGACUUCCUACCAGGCAAUGAUCACCUGACCAACAUCCAAAGCGCUAUAUGGGGCAGCCGGAAGACUCUGUGCGUGGUGUCCAAGAAGUUCCUGAAGGACAGCUGGUGCCUGGAGGCCUUCAUGAUGGCCCAGAGGAGAAUGCUGGAGGACCUGAAGGAAGUCUUGAUCGUGGUCAUCGUUGGGAGCAUACCCUAUUUCCGGCUGAUGGAGUGCGAGCCGAUCAGAACCUUCGUGAAGAACCGAGAGUACUUCCAGUGGCCGGACGACACCCAGGACCUGGAGUGGUUCUUCGACAGGCUCAUAGUGAAGAUUUUCAAGGACUCACAGGUCAAACAUCCCAAGGGCCCCAAGGAUGGGCCAGAUGUUGAGCUACAUGCAGUCAGGCAGGUUGAGACUUGACGUCUUUCUUUCGUAGCUUUUGUUUGUUCAAUAAUUCCAUGCAAGUCACUUCCACAAACUCAGACUGCCCAGCAUUGCACAGAUUUUUGUAUCCCUGGAGGGCCUGAAAUACCAUGCUCCUUUUCUGGCAUAACCUGGGUGUUUCUCAAAACCCUCUUUUAUAUAUAUAUAUAUAUAUAAUAAUUGUCAGACUUUAAUCGCACAAGCGACACACUGCACACUGCAACACAC